AUGCAGGUGAACCAGAGGGCUGCGAUCAUCGGCACCGGCUCGUAUGUGCCCAAGCGCAUCUUGUCGAAUGCUGAUCUCGAGCAGUUGGUCGAUACAAGCGAACAGUGGAUCGUCGAACGGACGGGAAUCCGCGAGCGGCGCGUCGCUGCUGAAGACGAAGCCACCAGCAACAUGGCGGCUGUCGCCGCUCAGCGUGCCUGCGCCGACGCGAACAUCGAACCGUCGGAUCUCGACCUGAUCAUCGUCUGCACGGUUACGCCCGAUCAAAUUGUGCCCUCGACGGCCUCACUCGUGCAGGCCCACAUCGGCGCGGUCAACGCCGGGGCGUUCGACUUGCAGGCGGCCUGCGCGGGGUUUGUGUAUGGGCUGAGUGUUGCCUCGUCGAUGAUCGCCACCGGCAUGCAUCGCCGGGUGUUGCUGAUUGGGGCCGACACACUGACUCGCUAUGUUGACUACACCGACCGCAAGACGUGCAUUCUGUUUGGCGACGGAGCGGGGGCCGUGGUGCUGGCCGCCACCGACGAAGACCGCGGCGUGAUGCACUACAACCUGCAUGCCGACGGUGAGCACUCCCAAGUCAUCUGCAUUCCCGCCGGCGGGACGCGGACCCCUUCGACCCACGAUACGGUGGCCCUGCGGCAGCAUUUCAUCCAGGUCGAGGGGCGACGGGUGUUCAAGUUCGCCACCAACGCGUUUGUCGACCUGACCCGCGACUUGAUGAAAGACUGCAACCUGAAGCCCGAGGAUGUGGCCCUGAUCGUGCCGCACCAGGUAAACGCGCGGAUUAUCGAAGCGGCCAUGAAGCGGCUGGAGUUUCCGCGGGAGAAGUGUUUUUCGAACAUCGACCGUUACGGGAACACCUCGGCGGCCAGCAUCCCGAUCGCCCUGGACGAGGCCUGCCGCGAGAAGCGGGCCACUCUCGGUCGCGUCCGAGUUCUUUCAGUACAACGAUGUGUUAAAGGUCCUUACGUGAGUCGCAUCGCCUUUUUAUUUCCCGGACAAGGUGCUCAAUUCGUCGGCAUGGGUCGCGAGUUGGCAGAGCGACUUCCCGCCGCGCGGCAGUUGUACGAUCGCGCGGAUGAGAUCCUCGGCUACUCGCUGUCGAAGCUGUGUUUCGAAGGGCCCGCCGAGGAGUUGGACUCGACCAUUCGCAGCCAGCCGGCGUUGUUCGUCACCAGCCUGGCCGCCUUGGAAUCGCUGCGUGACGAAUCGCCCGACGUGGUGCUGUCCUGCGAAGCCGCCGCGGGCCUGAGCCUGGGUGAAUACAUCGCGAUGGUUUUCGCCGGCGUGUUCGAUUUCGAAUCGGGACUGCGGCUCGUGCAGUUACGCGGCGAAGCAAUGCAGGACGCCGCCGACGCCACGCCCAGCGGGAUGGUGAGCGUGCUAGGGCUGGAACAGGUGCAGGUCGAAACGCUCUGCGAGCAUGCCCGCGGGGAUGACAUCCUGGAAGUGGCGAACCUGCUUUGCCCGGGCAACAUCGUGGUCAGCGGUUCGAACGCGGCUUGUGAGCGGGUGGCAGAACUGGCCGAGAAACAUGGCGCCAUGAAGGCGGUUCCCUUGGCCGUGGCCGGGGCGUUUCACACGACGAUCAUGACCCCGGCGGUGGCCCGACUGGAAGCGGCGUUGAAAGACGUGAAGAUGAGUUCGCCGAAGAUCCCGGUCAUCUCGAACGUCGAUGCCCGCCCGCAUGAAGACCCGGAAGAGAUUCGCCAACUUCUGGUGAAACAAGUGGUGCACUCGGUGCGCUGGGAAGACUCGAUGCGGUACCUGAUGGGCGAGGGAUUCGAUCAGUUUUACGAAGUGGGGCCCGGGCGGGUGUUGCGUGGGUUGCUGCGGCGGAUUGAUCGGAAGGCGACUUGCCAGUCGGUGAUGAGCUGA